UACAGGCUACAAAGAUAUACAAUGUCCAUUAGCCUUUCAUGACAGCGACGCAGUGAAUACGACAUUCCUUCAAGAUGUCUCUUACAAACAACUCGUUUUCGAGGACCUACAAUCGACUGUUUGUUGAAUUAGCUGAUCCUCGGACAAAUGACUGGUUUCUGAUCACAAGUCCGGUUCCCGGACUGACUAUAAUUGGCCUGUACCUUUACUUCACAUUAAAAUGGGGACCGAGAUAUAUGGCUGACAAAAAACCUUUCCAGUUACAGAAGACUUUGAUUGUAUACAACUUCAUCCAGGUUGUGGUCAGCUGCUGGCUGUUUCAUGAGGGACUAGAAGCAGGCUGGUUGAGAUCUUACAGUUGGAAAUGUCAGCCUGUUGAUUUCUCUAAAACACCAGAAGCCAUAAGGGUAGCGCGAGGCGUUUACAUUUAUUUUCUGGCGAAAAUAUCUGAACUACUAGAUACAGUAUUCUUCGUUAUCAGAAAGAAGGACAGACAGAUUACCUUUCUUCACUUGUACCAUCAUACAGUUAUGCCUAUGAUAUCAUGGGGCGCUACUAAAUACUACCCAGGAGGUCAUGGAACACUCAUUGGCGUCAUAAAUUCAUUUGUACACAUUAUAAUGUACACAUACUAUAUGUUUGCUGCUAUGGGACCCCAAUUCCAGAAGUAUUUAUUUUGGAAACGUUAUAUAACAACUUUGCAGAUGCUUCAGUUCUGUAUCGCAUUCUUGCACUCAUCUCAAUUACUCUUCUACGACUGCGGCUACCCAAGAUGGUCCGUCGUGUUCACUUUACCAAAUUCCAUUUUCUUCUAUUACCUAUUCUAUGAUUUCUACUAUAAAGCAUAUAGUAACAAUGAGAGCAAGACCAAAAAGAGAAUUGGAAAUGGUAAAGCAAAUGGUACAGAUAAACAAAGAACAGUAGAACAUGUCAAAAAUGGAUAUAAAGCUACAAACGGGAUCAGGAAUGAAAGCAAUAAUCUUGAGAAGAAAGUUGAUUAGAAUGGACUAAUUUUAUAGUAUUGUAAAUAAGAUAGCGGUUACGAAUUUAUCGAAAAUUAUUAUGAAUAUUUUGAAGGCGUUGGAAUUCAACAAAGUGAAGUGAAAUAUGUAAAAGUGUUACUGAAAAUUUUGACUAGCUUAAUUAGGUAGGAGACUUUGGCAAAUAUUAACAAAGUGUAAAUUAUAUAUUACAAAAUAUGUUACGGAACGCCUUCAUUAUUUUUUAAUAGACUGGACACUGACAGAAGCAUUUAAAUUGAUAAAUCGCAAUAAGAAAAAUACUUUCAUUCAUGUAACCUAAGCUAUACUAUACGCAAAGUUACUCUAAGCAAUAAUACCAGAUUCGAAGACCAAAGAAAAAAUACCCGAUGAUAAGAAGUACAUACGUAUUAAUAAACGAACUGGGGUCAUCAAUGUAUUUUUAGAAAUUUUGAGUUGGUUGAUGGGAAAUUUUUCUACAAUCCCUCAAUAUGCACAAUUUCUCAAUGUAUUCUGAAAUAUAUAAAUUUGUCAGCUUCGAAUUUAUGUCAGACAAUUACUGCCACUUCAAGAUCUGUCAUCGAAUUAUAGAAUAGAUUUUAUUGGUAACAAUUUAAUACACUUUAUAAUGUUAAAGUGUAAAUAAUUGUAAGUUAGAUAGGUAAUAGCUGCUAUAAGGACCAUGCUCAAUUUUUAUCUAUAAUAUUUUUAAAAGUUCUUUAGUAGUGGCUAAAUAAGUUACCAUUUUAUAUGUGUAUAAUUUAUUAACUAAACAUGCAAUUAGUUAUAAAAUGUAUACAAAUUUAAUUAAUUUUAUUAAUCUGAUGGGAUGUUUGUUAAAUAUGGAGACGUAUUAAAAAUGUCAACGUAAUUUUAAUUUCUUUCGGUUACGUG